GUGCUCAUGGACCAGCCGCGUAACUUUUGAAGGCUCUCCGGCCCAUGCGGGGUCUUGCUGGCGGCGCGCAGCCUGCAGUCGCUCUAAAGCGCCGGGGCUGGAGUUGCUGAGCUGCCCGGGCGCCGGGGUCCAUGUAGUAGCGGGCCGAGCGCGGACUGCGGCUCGGCGUGAGCGCGUUCCCCGCCGUCCCGCCCUGGCGAGCUCCCUCAUGUUGCAGCCCUGCGGCGCCCCUUCGACGACAGGCUGUGCGCGGUCUGCACGGCGCCCGGCAGCAGAGCUUCAUGUGGGGCUGCGGCCCGCGCAGCCGGCGCCUCGCUGAGGAAACGGACCCCCGGUAACCGGAGACCGCCUCCCCCCCACCCCCGGCGCCAAAGGAUAUCGUAUGUUCAGGUCCAAACGCUCGGGGCUGGUGCGGCGACUUUGGCGAAGUCGUGUGGUCCCCGACCGGGAGGAAGGCAGCGGCGGCGGCGGCGACGAGGAUGGGAGCGUGGGCAGCCGAGCUGAGCCGGCCCCGCGGGCACGAGAAGGCGGAGGCUGCGGCCGCCUGGAAGUCCGCCCGGUAGCCCUGAGGCGGCCCCGGGACGCGGUGGGACAGCGAGGCGCCCAGGGUGCUGGGAGGCGCCGGCGCGCAGGGGCCCCCCCGAGGCCCAUGUCGGAGCCGGGGACCGGCUCUGGGGGCUCCCCGCUGGACGUGGCGGAGCCGGGAGGCCGGGGCUGGCUGCCCGAAAGUGACUGCGAGACGGUGACCUGCUGUCUUUUCUCGGAGCGGGACGCCGCCGGCGCGCCCCGGGACGCCGGCGACCCCCUGGCCGGGGCGGCCCUGGAGCCGGCGGGCGGCGGGCGGAGUCGCGAAGCCCGCUCGCGGCUGCUGCUGCUCGAGCAGGAGCUCAAGACGGUCACGUACUCGCUGCUGAAGCGGCUCAAGGAGCGCUCGCUGGACACGCUGCUGGAGGCGGUGGAGUCCCGCGGCGGCGUGCCGGGCGGCUGCGUGCUGGUGCCGCGCGCCGACCUCCGCCUGGGCGGCCAGCCCGCGCCGCCGCAGCUGCUCCUCGGCCGCCUCUUCCGCUGGCCCGACCUGCAGCACGCCGUGGAGCUCAAGCCCCUGUGCGGCUGCCACAGCUUCGCCGCCGCCGCCGACGGCCCCACCGUGUGCUGCAACCCCUACCACUUCAGCCGGCUCUGCGGGCCAGAAUCACCGCCACCCCCCUACUCUCGGCUGUCUCCUCGCGAUGAGUACAAGCCACUGGAUCUAUCUGAUUCCACAUUGUCUUACACUGAAACGGAGGCCACCAACUCCCUCAUCACGGCUCCGGGUGAAUUCUCAGACGCCAGCAUGUCUCCGGAUGCCACCAAGCCGAGCCACUGGUGCAGCGUGGCCUACUGGGAGCACCGGACACGGGUGGGCCGCCUCUACGCGGUGUAUGACCAGGCCGUCAGCAUCUUCUACGACCUACCUCAGGGCAGCGGCUUCUGCCUGGGCCAGCUCAACCUGGAGCAGCGCAGUGAGUCAGUGCGGCGCACGCGCAGCAAGAUCGGCUUCGGCAUCCUGCUCAGCAAGGAGCCGGACGGCGUGUGGGCCUACAACCGCGGCGAGCACCCCAUCUUCGUCAACUCCCCCACGCUGGACGCGCCCGGCGGCCGCGCCCUGGUGGUCCGCAAGGUGCCCCCUGGCUACUCCAUCAAGGUGUUUGACUUCGAGCGCUCCGGCCUGCUCCAGCAUGGGCCCGAGCCCGAUGCCGCCGACGGCCCCUACGACCCCAACAGCGUCCGCAUCAGCUUCGCCAAGGGCUGGGGUCCCUGCUACUCCCGGCAGUUCAUCACCUCCUGCCCCUGCUGGCUUGAGAUCCUCCUCAACAACCACAGAUAGCGGCCCGCCACCCGCCCCGCCAACGGGGGCCCCGUGCCCAGAGACACAGCCCCCACGGACGACCCCCCCCAGAUAUCAUCUACCUAGAUUUAAUAUAAAGUUUUAUAUAUUAUAUGGAAAUAUAUAUUAUACUUGUAAUUAUGGAGUCAUUUUUACAAUGUAAUUAUUUAUGUAUGGUGCAAUGUGUGUAUAUGGACAAAACAAGAAAGACGCACUUUGGCUUAUAAUACAGAUAUAUUUUCUUUCUUCUCCUCCUUCCUCUUCUUUAUGGUUUUUUUUGUUGUUGUUGUUUGUUUUUUUUUUUUUAAGAAAAUGAUACAGCAGAGCUAGGUGGAAGAGCCUGGGUUUGGUGUAUGGUUUUUGAAAUAUUAACUCCCAGACAAAAAGCUAAUACCAGUCACUCG